AUGCCGCCACCGCCAUUCGGUGUUCCGGGUGCCCCUCCCUUGGGCCCUGGAAUGAUUCCUCCUCCUGGUGGUCGAGGAGCUCCAUUCCCUCCGUUCCCUCCCAAUGGCAUUCCACCUCCAAAUCUCCCAUUUCCUCCCCCGGGAGGUUUCCCUCCAAACUUCCAAAUUCCUCCACCUGGCGCACCAGGUGGCUUCCCGCUGCCUGGCCAACAAACUGCACAGAACGCUCCUGCUCCUGGUGGUCCGAAUCCUGCUGCUGGAUCUGUGCCUGGCCAAAAUCAAGCCCCUGGAGCUCCUCCAGACUUCCAUGCAAGUGGUCCACCUGGCAUGGGUGAUAAUAGGAGAUGA